AUGGCAAGCUGCAACACUGCUGAAGAUAAGACGAAUGAAUGCAAGGAUAGCAUAAGUGAAGUUAAAAAAAGUAUCCUAAUAAACUGUAUUAAAGAAAAAGAUAUAAUAGAAAGUUCUUGUAGGAGUAAUAUAUAUGAAAAUAAUAUAUUAGAUGAAUUAUUUAUUUUAAAUAAAAAAAAAAAGAAAUUUGUAGGAGAAAAUGAAGCAUGGGAUGUUAUAUCGAAUAUAUCUAAAUAUUCUUCUGAUAAUCAUAAAGAAACAGAAAAAAAAAAAUUAUUAUUAUGCUUUGGUAAUAAUAAUUUUGGUCAGCUAGGAUUAGAAGAAAAUGUUAAUAUUGGGUUGAUAGAUUUUUCUACAAUUAUGAUAAACAAAUGUAAAAGAUUAUCUUUUUAUGAUAACUAUAAUAAGAAAUUUAAAAAAAGUACAGAUAAAUCUUCUGUAUUAAAAAAUAAAAAAAAAAAUAGUAACAGUAAUAAUAGUAAGAAGAAGAGUAUGUGUUCUUCUCUUUCUACAAAUAAAAGACAUUCACGUAUUUCUCUAAGUAAUAAUGAAUUAUAUAAUGAUAUUUUGACUAAACUUCCAAGUAAUUUUGCCUUAAAAACUAUAAGAAAAAAAAAAAAACACACAAAUGAUAAUAAUAAUAAUAAUAAUAAUAAUACACAUGAUGGUGAUAAUAAUAAUAAUACAAAUGAUGGUGAUAAAAAUAAUAAAAAAUGUAAUGAUAAAAAUAAUACUGACGAUGAUGAUUCUGAUGACGAAAAAUGGGGAGGUGGUAAUGAAAUUUAUAAUCUUAGAUCAUCAAAAGUUGCUAAGAUUCCAAAAAAAAAAAAACUGAUGGAACCAAUAAUAUUAAUGGAUCCAAUGCAAAGAAGAGAAUCAAUAAAUAAACUAGAACCGUUAAAUAUUAUCGAUCCUAUAAAUAUUAUGGAUACAUUAAAAAGAAGAGAAUCUUUAAUAAGAAGAGAAUCUAUAAAUAUUUUGGAAUCAAUAAAUAUAAUGGAUGUAUUAAAAAGAAGAGAAUCAAUAAGAAGAAGAGAUUCUAUAAUGAUAAAUACUGGAGAUCAGCUUGGAAUUUUUUCAAAUGAAGAUAUGAUAAAAUCUAAAUAUAACAAUAUAAUAAAUAAUAAUAAUUGUAAUCAUAAUAAUAGUGUAAAUGAUUCUAUAAAUUCUUUAAAUUCUAAUGAAAAUGAUAAGAUAGAAAAUAAUAAACCUGUUUUCUUUUCAGAAAAUGAAAAUAAUUGUAAACAGAAAUAUAUAGAAAAAUUUAGUCAAUAUGAUAAUUAUUUAAAAUUAGAUGAUUGUUAUGAUAGCAUGGGGAAUUUUAUAAAUGUUGAUAAUUAUCGUAGUAUGGAACAUUAUCAAAAUAUUGGAAAUUAUCAGAACAGUGAAUAUUAUCAAAGUGAUCAUAAUUAUCAUUGUGAUAAUAAUUAUCAUUGUGAUGUUCAUUAUCAACGUGGAGAUUAUUAUCAUCGUGAUGAUAAUCAUCCUCAUGAUGAUACUUGUCAUGCGAAUAUUUUAUAUGGAUACAACAACAAUAAUGAUAAUAAUAAUAAUAAUAACAAUAAUAAUAAUAAUAGGUUAUUAAAAAAAAGUAUAGGCAAAAGUUGUAAAAAAAAAAAUGUUUUAUUCUUUAACCCUAAAAUUAUAAAAUGUGGAAAAUAUCAUUCAGGAGCUGUAAGUGAAAAUGGUUUGGUAUGUUUAUGGGGUCUUAAUUCAUAUGGUCAGUUAGGUGUAAAUUCUAAGAAAUCUAUAUAUACUUGUUAUAAAAAAAUAAAAUUGAAAUUAUCAGAUGAAAAAAAAAAAAAUAAAAAUAAAAUAAUAUUAAAUAAAAAUAAUAAGAGUAAUACUAAACCAAUUAUUACUUGUCCUCCUUCUAUUGUAAAAAAUGAAAAAACUAUAACAUCACCAUAUAUUUAUAAAUUAAUUCCUUUGAAAUAUUUUGGUUAUAAACAUAAAAUCAAAAAUAUUAGUUUAGGUUCUUUUCAUACAUUAUUAUUAACAUAUGAUGGAUAUGUUUUUACAUUUGGUUGUAAUAAAAGAGCUCAAUUAGGAUUGCCAAAUCAUUAUAAUAAAAAAGUAUCUUAUACAAGUAAGCCUUUUAUGUUACCUAUAUAUAAUAAUCCGAAUAAUAUGUUUACAAGGGCAAAAAAAUUUUAUGAUAAUGAAGCAAAUAAUGUUUGUAAUAAUGCAGCACAUAAUAUUUGUAAUAAUGCAGCACAUAAUGUUUGUAAUAAUGCAGCACAUAAUGUUUGUAAUAAUGCAGCUCAUAAUGUUUGUAAUAAUGUUGCUCAUAAUGUUUGUAAUAAUGCUUAUCAUAAUGUUUGCCACAAUUCUGGUCACGUUUUUCAUAAUGAUGAAACAAAAAGAAAUAAAAAAUAUUGUCAUGGGAAAAGGAAGACAUGUCAAAACUAUCCUGCUGAUAAUGAAGAAAGACAAAAAAAAAAUAAUUUUUAUUUCACUACAAAAUCUAUCUAUGCUAAAAUCGAGCAUCCAAUUAUUUUUAUUACAUGUGGAUCUUAUAACAGUGCUGUUAUAGAUGCUAAUAAGAAAUUAUGGAUGUGGGGAUGGAAUGAAUAUGGUCAAAUCGAUGAUACUUAUAUAAAUGAAAAAAUAAAACGUAUUAAAAGAAAAAGGAAAAAAAUGGAAGCUCAAAAAUCGGUUUCAUUUACAAAAUCUAUUAGUGAUACAUUAAUGAAUCUACCAUUUAUUAAAGGGCUAGCCAAUAGUUUCACUUUCUCAAAAAAAAAUGAAAUUAAUAAAUAUUCCUCUUGUGAUGAAAAGCAGCCCAUUACUAAAAAUGCUGAAACGGAUGAAGCAUCCAAUCGAUUGUAUUAUUCUGAUGCAUGUUCAUCAAAUGAAAAAAAAAAAUUAAAAAAAAAUAACGUGCUGAAAGGGAAUAAUGAUAAAUUAAAAGGAAAUGAUAAGAUGAUCAAAAGUUAUAAUCAUGAUGAUCAUGAUGUUGAUCAUGAUGUUGAUCAUGACGAUGUUCAUGAUGAUGAUCAUGACGUUGAUCAUGACGAUGAUCACCACGACGAUCACCACGACGAUCACCACGAUGAUCACCACGAUGAUAAAGUGAAAAAAAAGAAAGAAAGAAGAAAAUUUAGCAACAAAUACGUUAACAUACCUAGAAAGAUAAAAAUAAAGAAUAGUAAAAUUCUUCAAGUUAGUAUAGGUAAAUAUCAUAGUUUAUGUUUAACCCAAGAUAAAUGUGUUUAUGUAUGGGGUUAUUUAAAAAAUAAAAAACAUAUGAAUCAAAAUGGAUAUUAUGAAACAGAUGAAGAAGAAAAAGAAGAAGAAGAAAGACAACGAAGUAGAAGAAAAAAAUUAUAUGAAAUAAAAAAUUCUAUAGAUGAUGAAGAAAAUUCUGAUGAUAGAAAUCAUAAAAGUUAUAUAUAUUCUUCUAAUGAUAAAACAGAAUAUUAUGAAGAUGUAACUACAAUAACUAAAAUAGAAUGCUUAAGUCAUUUAUAUAUAUCUGAUAUAAAUUCAUCAAGUACUCAUACAAGUUUCGUUGCCCCUAUAAAAAGUGUAAACAAAGAUAUUGAUGAAUGUAUAUGGGAAAUGGUUGAUCAAAAUAAGAAUCCAAAAAAUAAAAAUAAAAAUAAUAAUUAUGUUAAUCGUUAUCAAUUUCGUGGAGGUGAAUCUUUCUCAGAAGAAAAUCAAUUAUAUAGAGCUGGUGAUCUAUAUCGUAAUAAACUAUUACAAAGAAAAGGAGAAGGAGGAAAAAAUUAUAGUUAUAAAGAUAAUUAUUUUAAUAGAGGAGGAGAUAAUAUAUAUUAUAUAAAAUAUACUGAUUUGUAUAAGUUAUUAAAUAUUAAAAUGAAUGAUAAAGAUAAACUCUUAAUGAGAAAUGAUAACAUAUUUAAUAAUAUAUAUGAUAAAAGGAAUAACACUAAAAGUAACAAUCACAACAAUAAUAAUAAUAAUAAUAUGUAUUAUAUUAACAAUAAAUAUCAUAUUAGUAAUACAAACAUUAUUAAUAAUAAUUAUUAUACUCAUAAUAAUUUAAUUGAUUAUUUUAAAAAUAAAAAACUAAUAAACAGUAACAAUAAUAAUAAUUAUAGAAAUAAUGAAUUAACAAAAUUAGAUCAUAUAUUAAAACCAUUACUUCUAAGUACUAAUAAUAAAAAUAUGCAUUCACUUAAUACGUUGCAAAUAUUUCAAGUAUCAAUGGGGAAAAACUUUGCUGUUAUUUUAACUUCCUCUCCUUCUAUAAAUAAAAUAUUAAAUAAAAAAAAAAUAGAUUACAUAAAUAAUAUAUGUUCAUUAGAUGUAUUAAGAGAUAAAAUACCAGAAAGAAAUAUAUUUGUUAUAGGAAGAGGAGAUUUCAAUCAAAUUUUAUUACCUCAAAAUUGUAAACAAUCAUCUAUACCCAUCUAUUUAGAUAAACAUAAAUUAAUUUAUCAUGUUCUAAGAGUAAAUAAAAAAUAUAACUUUCUUAAUACAUCCAAUAGAAAAAAAUAUUCUGAUCAAAUUAGUUAUAAUAGUAAAUUAUUUAAUUUAAAAAAAUAUCAUGAAAAAAUUAAAGAAAAUGUAAAUAAUAAUAGUAGCUUUAUAUAUAAUGAUCUAGGGCAUCAUAAAUUUUCUCUCAUUCUUUCACCUAAUAAAAAAAGCUCUUCAGGGACAUGCAAAAUAAAUUCCUAUUCAUCAAAUUGGGGUAGUGCACUUCGAAGAAAAAAAUCCAUGUCUGGAGUACACACAUAUAGUGAUAGGGCUAGUAAUCAAAUCCUUAACUUUAAAUUAAGUAAAACCUUUAAAAAAUUUUCUUUAGAAAGAGAAAAAUGGUAUUUCUCAGAUAGAGACAAAAUAGAAGAAGGGGAUACAUCAAGUGCAGUUCAAAUAAAGUGGGGUGUAGAUACUAAUGAUAAUGAAAGUAUGAAAAGAGAAAGUAUUAAAAGAGAAAGCAUCAUAAAGAUGGGAAGUGAACCUAUUCAUAAAAAAAAUAACGAUGAUAAUAAUAGUUCUUGUGUUGUUCGUAAAAAAGCUAGUAAUAGUGUUCAAAUUAUAGAAAUAGAGAAAAACAAAAAAAAAAAAAAAAAAAAAAAUCAUUUAAAUUUAUUUAAAAUUCCAAACUUUUUUAUGACUACAUCGAAUGAACUUAGUGAGGUGAGUGUGCAAAGUUUAGAGGAGUUAAAUAAUAACAAAGAAAAUAAAAAGGGUGAUGAAAAUGAUAAGGGUGAUGAAAAUGAUAAGGGUGAUGAAAAUAAUAAGGGUGAUGAAAAUUAUAAGAGUGAUACAAAUUAUAAGAGUGAUACAAAUUAUAAAAGUGAUACAAAUAAUAAGAGUGAUACAAAUAAUAAGAGUGAUGAGCAUAAUAAAUCUGAUAAGAAAAAUCUUAAGAAUGAUAAAAAUGGAGAUACCGACUUUGUAACAAGUGCUCCCUUAGACGAAUAUAAUGAAUAUUCUUGUGAUAAUAAAUUAUUAAAUAAUUUCAGAUUAAGCAUAAAUGCAGAAGAAUCUAAGAAGAGCGAAACGUAUGAUUUAAAUAACGAUUUCCAUUUAAAUAUAUUAAAAAACAAUAUGAACAAUGAGAACUUAUCAAAGGCUAGAAGUAGAGUUUCUUAUUCUUCACAAAAUAAAAGACGAUGUUCAUCAGGAAUUAAUAAAAACGAUUUAGUUCGUUCUAUGAUAUUAAAUGCUAUUGAUAAUAUAAAUGAAAAUUUAGAUAUAGAUAAUCCAAAAAAAAAAAAAAAACCCGAACAUAUAGCAAAAAGUAAUGAAGUUAAAAUGAGAUUUAAAGUUUUUAAAAAAAGAAAUUCUUGUCUAUGGAAUUAUUUUACAUAUCAUAAACAUAGAAACCAAAAUACAUUCGAUUUAAAUUUAUCAAAAGAUAUAGUCAAUAUUAAUUUAUUAGAUAUAUCAUGUGGUGAUUAUCAUUCAUUAAUACUACUAGAAGUGGAUAAGCUAGUAUAA